AUGGCAGAUAUAACAUCAGAGAACAAAGUAAUAAUCCUCACUGUGAACUUGUGGAAGCUCGUCAAAGGGUGCUCCCAGAAGAGAUGGGCAGACUGCGCCGUUAGAAACAUGAAGAAACUCAUCCAGAAGCAGUUCAAGACGACCAUGGACGUUAAAAUAGACAUGGACCUCAACAAAGCCAUCUGGUCCCGAGGAAAGAAGCAGCUCCCCACAAGAAUAAGAAUAGAAGUAGGAAAGAGGCCCUCCUUCAAGGACAACGCAAAGACAGAGAUGUUCGUUAAACACGUGUUCGUCCCCACUUUCAAGGGCCUGCAGACAGAGAGCUUUAUCGCACAGAUGGACCAAUAA